AUGCCUGCCGACUCCUUCACCAUCACCGCGCCGCCCGGCACCGACAUCUGGCGCAAACCGCCAAGCACCAACAGCUUCAACGCACCCACGCACCCUCUCCUCCCCUCCGGCCCCAUCCCCCUCCACACCUUCCACCGCGCCCGCCUCACCUUCUCCGCCCCAUGGACAACGCGCUACGACCAAGCCGGCCUCCUGCUCCACCUAACCAAAAAACCCACCACUCCCACCACCACCAGUACUCCUCCCUCUCCCAACGCGCAGCAGCACCACCCCACCGACCGCUGGCUCAAAACCGGCAUCGAGUUCUACCACCACCGCCCGUACCUCAGCACCGUCGCCACGCAGACCUUUUCCGACUGGAGCAUCGCGCCGCCGGCGGCGAGCACGCCCGCCAACGCGACGGGCCCGGUGACGGUGGAGGCGCGGCGCGAGACGGACGAGCUGGGGACGAGCUUGUGGGUGUAUCAGUUGGUGUUGGGGGCGGAUGGGGAGGUGCUGGAGAGGUGGCCGGUGAGGGAGUGCGGGUGGUGGUUUGCGGAGGAGGAAGGGCGGGAGUGGGUGGUAGAUGUUCGGGCGAUGGCGGCGCGGCCGGCGGAGGGGGAGGCCGUGGUUGGGGUGGAGGGCUUGGUGGUGGGGUUUGAGGGGGUGGAGGUGGAGGGGAGGGAGGGGUGA